UCUAUUCCUGUUAGCUCAUAUCAGACUACAUACAGGCUUCUUUCUGCUGCAGACUACAGACAUGGACAUAGGAAUCUAAGGAACAGAGCAUAGAGUUGCGAAGGGGAAGCCACUGCGAGACGGUGCGACGAGGUAAAUUCUGCUUAAAUUUGAUUGGCUGUUAGUGUUACGCAAGCGCAAUGAUAUAAGUCUCGUGUUCGUGUAAUACAACACAUAUAUAAUAGGCCGAGUAUUCCUAUGCUUUUGCUGUGGAGGGGAUUAACUAGGCAGAAUUUUCCCUCGCAUGACGAUUCACUCCCCUUGCCUAAAUUACGACUUUGUGCUCUGUCCCCUUAUAUUCCUAUGUCCAUGACUGCAGAUGGAAUAUAUUUCUAAUGAAGUUAGUUCAUUGCUUUCUUUCUAGCCACAAAGCUGCGUUCGCAAACAUUAUUUAAAUACCUUAUAUAGAUCAUUUUACACAAGGACAAUUGGAUGAUAUUUCUGAACGCAGCCUAGGGGUCUUUAAGGCCGGGAGCAUAUAAAAUGCAUAACAGUGCAUAAGUACAAAAUAAGACCGCUGGACCAAUGAGAAUCAAUAAAUGUGUAAAUCAUUAUGGCGAAUCUUCACUAUCACUUUAUGCUGAAUGCUUAUUGGUCCAGCGGUCUUAUGCUGUGCUUAUGAUUUGCAAGCACCAAGCGGAACUUAAUCCUCAAAUCUUGUAUCAUAACCUAUUAGUAGAGGUUGAAGGAGCAAAAUCACUCACCUCCUGGUGGCACAACAUAAUAAAAUCCAUCCUGUCGUUUACUAUAGCUCGUGUCGUUUACUAUAGCUGGUGAUGUUUUUUUUGCUUUUCUUGUAAAAUUUUAAAUAUGAUUUGUCGUGACUUUAUGCUUCGCGUAUGUUCGAGAAAUCCAUGCAAGAUGCGUCAUAAAGUUGUAAAAUGCACUAAUGAAUUUUGUAAUCACAAUAUACUUUGUAAACGCAUGCAUCUCACCGACUGUGAAGUUGACGAAAUAAAUCAAAAUAUACGGUCUUUUCGACAAUCCGUUUACAAUGAAAUGAAUCGAUUGGCGUAUAUUUUAAGAGAAUCUUUCCAAUCAGAGUUAAGAAUGCAUUGUUGUAUACUUAAUAUGUUAGGUCAGUGCAUAUGGACAUGUUUAGCUUGCAGAACAACUUCCAGUGAAAGUGCUCCCGCAUGCAAUAAUUGCUAUAUUAAACUCAAACGCAAUCUAAAAGCUUUAACAUGUGGCCAUACUUACUGUAAAUAUUGUUAUGAUCAAUUGCCAAUUCGAUUAGAUGGUCCACUUCCCCUUUACAAUUGUAAACAGUGUGGUGAAUGGCCAACAAUUUUUCUAUUAUUCAACAGAUAAGAAGAAAUGAAACGAGGACAAUAUGGAACAAAUAAAAUCAAAGAAAAGUUUAUUUUUAUAUUUCCAAGUUUUAAUCCUACCUAGUUUUUAAGUUUAAUAU